UUUGAAACGACUGAAAUGUCAAAUGUUCCGGCAUCAACUUCACGACAAACUGUGAAGAAAACCGAUGAAUGUGGUUAUUUCGGUGGUAGACAAACGGAUGUUUUUCUUAUUUAUUCGUUGAUAAUAGUUUUCAAUAGAAAAAAAAUGGAGAAAUUGCUCGAUUCAACGCAAUUAGUUAGUGGUGUUGCUAUCUUACUAUCAUUUUUGGCCGGAUACCGCUAUGGAAUGAGAAAUUUCGAUGAACAAACCAAGCCGACAGGGAAAGAAACAAGCGAAAAGAAGAAGGUAUAUGCAGACGGUGGUGAACUGAAAAUGAUACUCGUCGUUCGGAAUGAUUUGAAAAUGGGCAAAGGAAAAAUUGGUGCACAGUGUGGUCAUGCAGCUGUUGGUGCAUACCAAAAUUGUAUGGCAAAGUUUCCAAAUCUACUUCGACGCUGGGAUGAUUCUGGAAGUGCUAAGAUUGCCGUUAAAGUCGACAGCGAAGAUGAUAUGAUGGUCGUAUAUAAAGCAGCUCGUGCAAAAAAUCUCAAUACAUGUCUUAUUCGAGACGCCGGACGAACACAAAUUGCACCGAAUUCGAAGACUGUUUUGGCAAUCGGCCCAGCGCCUGCCAAUGAAGUGGAUCUAGUUACUGGACAUUUAAAAUUGUUAUAGAUUUUAAUUAAAUUACAGUAUUUAAUAAACCGAUCGAAAUAAUGUUAUUGAAAA